AUGGCUUUGAGGCGAGAUUUCUAUGGAUAUGCCAAGCUUCGAAAGAAGUCAGAGAUGCUGAAGCUCACAAAAGCACUCGAAGUCCCCGGACUCGCGACCUUGGCUGCGGCCACGGCUAUGUUGAUACCGCCAUUCUAUCAGCUGUACCAAGACCCCUACAUGAACCCUGCGCCCGACUGCGUGUCACGACCGGUUGCCGGCGAUGGUCCUAUCGAGGAUGUCAACUCGACCGAUCUGCAAUGCGGAGGCUGGUCGGCAGGCGGGGUAGUCGGAUCGGCACCGGCCAAGCUGCAUGCCGCAGCAGAGGCCGGAUCAACGGUCAAGCUGCGGUGGACGAUAUGGCCAGACUCACACGUGGGACCCAUGAUCACCUACUUGGCGCGUUGCCCUGCUUCUCUGACGAAGCAAAAUUUGUCUGACAAGAAGGCUAGGGCCGUCUUUUUCAAGAUCCAGGAAGAGGGCCGCCAGAGCAGCACGUCAAACAAGUGGGGGUCGACGCCGCUCAUGACUGAGGGUUAUGAAUACGAGUACACGAUCCCAGCCUGCCUACAGCCUGGAUACUACCUUGUUCGCCAUGAGAGGAUUGCGCUGCAUGCGGCGUUUGCGUACCCAGGCGUCCAGUUCUACCCGAACUGCCACCAGCUCAAGAUCACUGGCUUGGGCACCGCUGUCCCGACGGAUCUUGUCAGCUUCCCCGGUGGUUAUGCGUCUGAUGACCCAGGAGUAACUUUUAAUGCCUAUUUGCCGGGCGAAUACACGGUUUCUGGCCCAGCCGUCUUCACUUGUUGA